GAUAUUGCGUCCGAAGCGAGCGAAGUCGCCGACCGUCCGAAGCGAACAAAAAAACCGCGCGUAAUCGUAUUAAACCCUGCGACCAAGAAGAGAGGCCGUCCGGGGAAAAAGGUGUAUACCGCGAGGCGUGCAAGACCUACGCCAGAGACCGCUAGUGCUGAGGUCAACACCGAGAACAGGAGGCCUGGUCGUCCGACGGGUUCACGCAACCGCGGGCAUGCCACGACGACUACUAACCCGACGACGUCACUGCGAAAAACGUGCGCACAAAGAGCUGCGGACCUAAGCUAGAUAAUUUAUAUGCUUAGGUAUAAGUCCCGAGGAGCUGUAAGCAGACUUCGAGCGGGUGAUGGCCGCCCUAAACAGGGAAGAAAAGCGGCCUCACGUAGUCAUCCGGGAGGUAGGAGAAGGCGAAGACCCCUGGAGUGCCUUCCCUCCCGAUAACGAGGUGGAGGCGUACUUCGCCCCCGCAGAAGAAGAUGAAGGCGAGUGAGCGUUGGUGGUGCGCCGCCCAGAUUCACCUGCGCCGGUUGCUGACGAGGGCGAGAAGACCGCGACGGGUCUGCGCCGCCCGCGUGCGCCGCAACCGGCGCCACCCAACGUCGGUCGUCACAUAUCGACUCACUUGGAGCGCGAGCCGGCUGGCUCGAAGGCAAGGGAGGAGCCUUCGAGAGAAGAGGCAGCCGCAGCGGCGUGGGACCAGCAAAUAUAGAUAUACAAACCCAUGUUUAAGCUGUUCCUUAUCCCCCUUCUUUUUUGCGUGUAACGGGCCGUACUUCUACACUGAUUUAGGUUAUUUAGAUCAGCGUAAGACUUCCAAUAUAAGUGAUAAAAAACAAAAUCUAUUGCAAAAUGCUGCUCAUAAACGAUCAAGAAGAGUUUUAGAAGAAUUUUUAGAUCAAGACAACUUUCUUUCUGAUGAUUCCAAUGCACCAGUAUCAGAUAUGCCAAAGGAUACAGGUCAGCUCUUUGAUGACAUGGAUGAAACUUCUUCUGAUAACUUGACGGAUUUCUAUCGACAACUGCACAAUAAUGAAGAAGAACCAUCAGCUAGAGAACAAGAACAAUUUGACAGAGGAAUCUUCGAACCUAGAAUACUAUUCAACAAAAUAAGAGCUAAUAACCAGGAAGCACAUAAUGAUUACGUGCUAAUAGGAAACAACGUUAAUGAUGUGCAGCUUAGAGAAAACAAUGAUAAUGAUGUGCAUCUUGGAGAAAACAACGAUGAUGAUGUGCAGCUUGAAGAAAACAAUGAUAAUGAUGUGCAGCUUGGAGAAAACAACGAUAAUGAUGUGCAGCUUGGAGAAAACAACGUUAAUGAUGUGCAGCUCGGGGAACACGAAAAUCUUCAAAAUGUUAGAAGAGAAGAGAUGCCAAGAUUAGUAGUCAAAAAGGGUUUUUUAAAGCCCUUAAUUUCUGCAUCGAUAAAUUAUUAUAGAUUACAAAAUACUGCAGGAUACGAAGAAAGGCAAAGAAGAUUUAGGACGUUAGAAAAUGGGCGCAUCUAUUCAGGAGAAGGUAUCUCAACUGCUUAUGCUAAUUAUCAGCUGCUUUUAACAGGCAAUCUCUCAACGGUUGCUAGAGACUUAGCUAUUAUGAUAGGGUCACCAAAUUUACUAGCUAUAAGAAAUCUUACUGACUUUGAAUUGCCCUUAAUAAAACUUUAUAUAAGCAUUUAUCAUGAUUUAAUUGAGAGAAGAAAAAAUAUAUUAAUAGAAGAAGGGGCUAAAUAUCUAAUGCAAGUUAUGAACUGUCUUGGAUAUAAAGUAAAAGACCUCAAAACUAUCCAAAAAAGGGCCUGAAAAAAUACAGCACGAAAAUCUCUACCUUUAUAAUCUCAAAACAGAUUUUUUUAUUUGUUUUUCAGAAGAAAUUCAGUAUUUUGGUUGCUUUAAGAAGACAACAGGCUCAAGAAGAAAAUGAAGCCCGAGAAAUCGGAUUGCAAUUGCAAUAUAAUAACGUAUCUUGUGAUUCGGAAUCAAUUCAAAAAAAUUCAAUGUCAUCUAUAGUGUAAACAUUGAUUGUCUAAUGAAGUGCUUCAGUAUCCCGAUUUCUGAAAGAUAUAAUAUUUUACUUACGUGUGAGUCAACUAGCAAUUCGCAAUUUCGAUUGCUGAGAUCAUAUUGCGUAGGACAAGGAAUGAAGGAUUCAGGCUAUUGGAAAUUAAUUUUCGAACAGUGAAAGAAACCGUACCCGAUUCAACGACGCUGACCCUCAACAACAAACAGAUGACGUCAAAAUCAUUCAUGCAGAAAAAAAACCAACUAGACAAUCAGAACAAAAGAAACUGCAGCAUGUAAGAGAUAACUAUGAAAAAAUAGUUUCGAUACACUCUAGAUCACCACCGAGAUCAUCAACGUGUUCAAGAUCUAGUUCUAAAUCGAGUGUAAAAAUUUUGAAAAAUGUAGCUGUUUCGAAAGAAUCUUUGAAUAUAAACUUUCAAAAUUGCGUUACUCCAGAAAAAAAAAUUAAUUUUACACCUGUUAAUGUAUAUAACGCUGAAUAUGAUUCAUCAAGCCCAUCUCAUACCCCACCCAUUGCAUCACUUUCUAAUAAUUAUCAGGAAGAUACUCCUGGGCCCGAGAAUUUGAGUCUUCGCAAAUCACCAAAAAUAUCGUCAGAAGUUAAUGCACAAUCCUGUCUCCGAACGAUUGAUCCAGAUUUUUUAAAACAGGAUUAUUGCUCAUCAAAUUUUAUGUCUUCUGUCUCCGUGAGUCAAUAUCCAUCUUAUGCACCGUUCUAUGGAAUGUCUUCAAAUGCAUACUGCUGUUCUCCAACAAUGUACCACAAUUCUACAUCUUCAAAUUUUAGCGAAACCAAUGGACACCAGAUUCAGCAUCCGGAACUUAGUCCAUCGUGUCUGGUACAAAAUCACAAUCAUCAAAGUUAUCGAUCUCCCGUUGAUAUAUUAAUGAAAGUAUUUCCAAAAAAAAGACGUGAAGAUAUAGAAAUGUUGCUACGUCGUUUUCGAGGUGAUGUAAUCUCUACGAUGGAAAUAUUGGUUUGCGAAACAAAUCCUAUUGAAAUUGAAUACCCAUCCUGGUCAAGAACAACAACUCCGGUCUCCAUUACGUCAGAUAUUUCAAUUUCUGAUAACUCUCCUUACCAAUCAAGAUCAAGUAAUAUUUACUGCUCUCCGUCACCACUAACACGGCACCGAUUCUUAGCUGCUCCAUAUAGUGGUACAGGAUAUCUACCAACUAUAAUUCGACCUCAAACGUAUACAAGAAACAUUAGCGCUAUUAAAGAUAUAGAAACCAUCACAGAUAAUCUCAGCGAUAAAUCUAGUAAUUCUGAUUAAAAUUGUAAAAAGAUGAUAACAUGCAAAAUUAGUUUCUUAA